AUGAACAUGGGAAGCUCGUUCAUCGAUGCAGGAACGGUUUACGGCAGAACAGUAGAAGAAGCGAAAGCAAAAAGGACUGGAGUAGACGGUCAUCUACCUGCAAACGAUUUUCCUCCAGUUCUGUUAGAAGACUUGGAAACCUCCAGGACGGUUUUGAAAGAAAUAUGGACAUUCCAGCACAACAGUAUAGCGAAACAACUUAAGGACCUUAAUCCUACUUGGGACGACGAGCAACUGUAUCAGGAAGCUCGACGAAUAGUUAUAUCGCAGAUACAGCACAUAACUACUCACGAAUACCUCCCUCUAUUGAUCGGCAAGGAAGCGAUGGUAAUGUUGAAGUAG